UCACGAGCUGCCAGCCCCUCGGAUUUCCCUUUUCCCGAGGCAGAGAGAUGCUAAAGCAGAGCUCCGGCUGAUCUGCUGCCUUUGCUGCCUGCACGCUGAUUUACACUCUCCACCCCCAUAUUAUCAGUACUCUCCUUUGCUUAUCUUUCUUUCUGCGAUCAGCGCUACCACCAUCCCCUUGCACUCCCUGUCCAAAAGAGCCAUGAAGACAGAUCCUGCUCCGAACUGGAAGACAGCUGCCCUCUUUCUCGUGGGGCUCCUUGGUUUUGCCUCCGCAGCCGAAAGAACCAUCUACACAAAUCAUUUUUUGGUUGAGUUUCACAAAGGGGGAGAAGCAGAAGCCAAGCAACUUGCUGCAGAAUAUGGCUUUAAUGGGGUCAGGAAGCUUCCCUUUGUGGAGGAUGGGUACCACUUCUUCCACAAUGGCUUGGCCAAGGGAAGGAGGAGGCGUAGUCUUCAACAUCAGCUUCGCUUAGAAAAAGAUCCCAGGGUAAAGAAAGCUGUGCAGCAAGAAGGCUUUGGGCGGAAGAAGAGAGGAUACAGAGAUAUCAAUGAAAUUGACAUAAACAUGAACGAUCCUCUAUUUACAAAGCAGUGGUACUUGAUCAACACCGGCCAAGCAGAUGGGACUCCUGGCCUUGACCUUAAUGUGGCUGAAGCAUGGGAGCUGGGUUAUACAGGGAAAGGGGUAACGAUCGGAAUCAUGGAUGAUGGGAUUGAUUAUCUUCAUCCAGACCUUGCCUCCAACUAUAAUGCACAAGCCAGCUAUGAUUUCAGUAGUAAUGACCCGUAUCCAUAUCCUCGCUAUACCGAUGAUUGGUUUAACAGUCAUGGAACCAGAUGUGCUGGGGAAGUAUCAGCUGCAGCAAACAACAACAUCUGUGGAGUUGGAGUGGCAUAUAAUUCCAAGGUGGCAGGUAUCCGAAUGCUAGAUCAGCCAUUUAUGACUGAUAUAAUUGAGGCUUCCUCCAUCAGCCACAUGCCGCAAGUAAUUGAUAUCUACAGUGCCAGCUGGGGCCCGACUGACAAUGGCAAGACUGUGGACGGACCAAGAGAGCUAACCUUGCAGGCUAUGGCAGACGGCGUGAAUAAGGGCCGUGCUGGCAAAGGAAGCAUCUACGUGUGGGCUUCUGGAGAUGGGGGAAGCUACGACGAUUGCAACUGUGAUGGCUAUGCAUCCAGCAUGUGGACAAUUUCCAUCAAUUCUGCUAUCAAUGAUGGCCGAACAGCAUUGUACGAUGAAAGUUGCUCCUCGACUUUGGCCUCGACUUUCAGCAAUGGGAGGAAGAGAAAUCCUGAGGCUGGUGUGGCUACAACAGAUUUAUACGGCAACUGUACCCUGCGCCACUCAGGAACAUCUGCAGCUGCACCGGAGGCUGCUGGCGUCUUCGCCCUUGCGCUGGAGGCAAAUGUGGAUCUGACAUGGAGAGACAUGCAACAUUUGACAGUGCUCACCUCCAAAAGGAACCAGCUCCAUGAUGAAGUUCACCAGUGGCGAAGAAAUGGGGUUGGCCUAGAAUUCAACCACUUGUUUGGCUACGGUGUCCUAGAUGCUGGGGCAAUGGUUACGAUGGCUAAAGACUGGAAGACUGUCCCAGAGAGGUUUCACUGUGUUGGUGGAUCCAUACAAGAGCCACAGAAACUCUCAUCCAGUGGCAAGUUGGUUCUGACUCUUACAACAGAUGCUUGCGAGGGGAAGGAGAACUUUGUCCGAUACCUCGAACAUGUUCAAGCAGUUAUAACAGUGAACUCUACCAGGAGAGGGGACUUGAAUAUCAACAUGACUUCACCAAUGGGGACUAAAUCCAUUCUGCUGAGUCGGCGUCCAAGAGAUGAUGAUUCCAAGGUGGGCUUCGACAAAUGGCCAUUCAUGACGACACAUUCUUGGGGAGAAGACCCCAGAGGUACUUGGGUGCUGGAAGUUGGGCUGGUUGGUAUCCUACCCCAGAAGGGUGUUCUCAAGGAAUGGACAUUAAUGCUACAUGGAACUCAAAGCGCACCCUACAUAGACCAAAUAGUAAAAGAUUACCAGUCUAAAUUGGCCAUGUCCAAGAAGGAGGAGUUGGAAGAAGAAUUAGAUGAAGCAGUAGAGAGAAGCCUCAAGAGUAUAUUGAGCAAGAACUAGCCCUGCUUUGCAUGUCAGGCAACCUCCUUCCCCUUCGCCUUUCCUGAGCAUUUCCAUUAGGCACAUUCCAGUUACUGCCUCUAGAUCAGUCUCCUAACAUUCUGAUUUUAGAGUUGUCUCUGUUGUCUACUUUAAUUACAGUGGAAAUUUCUGAAUUCUGAGCCACAGGUAUAUUAUUAGCCACCAGCUACUUCAUAGGAGCGGGUGCCUGUAACUUUGUUUUGCAACUGGGAUGAUUAUGGGUAGCGUUUUUAAUUUUAUUUUUUGUGAAAAAUAGCAACCAACUAAAUGGUGACCACAUUCCUCUUCCUAUUUUUUAUUUUUUGUUGCCAUGUUUUUGGACAAGUGAAUGUUCUCACUGGAAAUUUGGACUUGCUGAAACAUAGAAGUGGGGAAAGAGAAUCAGAUGCCACAUGUUACGUUAUUUGUGCAUUUUUUAGAAUGCAUACUUAAAUUGGACACUUUUAUUCUGAAGAAAAAGCAGCAAAUGCCUCCUAUAUUGCUAUUUGCCUCCAAAGGUACUGGCUGCAGUAAGCAAUACCUUUAGGAGAAUAUCCGAACCGGGCAUAGGUGCAAUUUUCACCAGGAAAUCGGAGCAAGACUCUGUAGCUGUUUUUUCCCAUUCAAAAGUGGCCAGCUAAAGCAUGCUUUUGGGAAAAGGUGAGAGUGUGUAUUUGGCCUAAUAUAAGUUCAGUUAAGUUCUUAGAACCAAUAAAAACACAUUCGCAGCCUGAAGGAGAUUACAGAACACUUUCUCCCAGUGUCUUUGCCACUUUAGGCUGUGAUUGAUACCCAGUUUCCUGGGACGAUGCCCCGUUCAACUUAAGGGAACUUAAUUUUGAGUUGACGUGUAUAAGAUUACACUGCAAAUAAAUGGAUGGAACCUGCGGGUGAGUUCUAGUAUCUUUCCUUCUCUUAAUCCCCACCCAGACCCUUGGACUUAUUUUAGUGCCAUCUAGACCAGAGGGAUCACCAAUCCAUAUGGUGGCAGGAGGUUUGUUCUGGCAUGAAAAAUAAGUGCCUCCCCUUAACUCUAUCAUAGUCCUUUUGGGUAGAUCAGUUUGCACAACAGACAGUCCACAUCAUAACCAUCAGUGUCCUUAGAUACAGUCUUUUGAAUAAUUUCCUAGAGAUGCAGGAGGUGCGUGCAAAAGGGGAGGGCUACAAUCUACAGCAGCCAACCCUAGAAUGCUCAUUUUGUCUUUGCAAGGAAACUGCAGCAUGCUGUAGCCAAAGAGAAACUAUUCAGAAAGUGCUUCCUCCUUUUUCUGUACAACAGCAUUUCCCAGCUUGGUGCCCUCCAGAUGCUUUGGCCAUCAGUUCCUUUCAGCCCCAGCCAAAGCGGCCAAUGGUCAGAAUUCUGAGAGCUGCAGUCUGGAGCAUCCAGAGGCUAGUUAGAAAAGGUUGCUGUAAAAUUUGAGCAAAGAAUGAAACAAAACCAUUCCACUCCAGAAAAGCUCCAAAAUGGAAUCUGGCCACCGAAAUAACUUCUGCAGUUCAGGGUAAGCGUACUCAGAUGCUGGGCGGUAAAGUCGAGCUACUCCCUAGCUGAGCAUCAAUACUGGACUGUAUCCCUGGGCAUUGCUAGGUUUAUGCAGCACAAUACAGGUGUAGAAAGAGUGCAGGGAAAGUACAGCUUCUCACUGUAAGAACUUGAGGAUGGGAACUAGGAACUAGCACUACUUCUUGGUUGACGCUGUACCCUUCUUCCCACCCCAGCGUCUUUUUCCAUCCCACUGUGUGGUGUUUUAACCACCUCUUUGCUGCUUCCACGUUGCGUGUUGGAUCCCCGCAGCAUCUUAGUCCUGGGAAUUAUCCUUAUGGGGCCAGGCAUUCCAGGAGUUAUCUGCAUCCCAGGAAUUAACUUAAUUCCUUGAUGGGGUCAUGACUGUACUUGAAAUAAUGGAUAAUUAAUUGGAGACGCUUAUUUCUAAAAGUACAAAUUGGGUGGUGAGAAGUAAGGGGAUUAGCAUAAUUUGUGUUGUAUGAUAUAUAAAUCUAUGUGCUAGAAUGACAUUUGGGAGAUCUCUGUUCCCCACCCCCCACCUCCAAAUCUCCAAUAUAGCGGAGCACAUUGGCAAAGACUAAGCUUAGACUUGAAGUAUUUCUGUUAGAAAUUCUGAUUUUUUGAAGUUGCUUUUAAAAAUGUAUGAUGCAAACAAGCCCAGUGAAGUUUCAGUCAAACCACCAGUUGAAAAUUCUGAUAAAGAUAGCAGUUGGCUCCCAUUAAUCAGGAUCUUGGUUGUAUCUAACUCAACUUUUGAUAUGUAUCAAGGGUAAAACUUGCCAUUUGAUUGAAUAAUUGGUGACACUGUCUAGCCAAAGUUGAGUCUGUCAGAUAGUAUUAAUCAAAGUGAAAAAGGUGCAUUAAAGCCUUCAAGGUGACCUUAGGGCACAGUUCUGUAGAGAUACCUGUAAAUCUCCAAAGUCGGAGGAUUAGGGGCAUCCUAUAAAGGACAGGAGGAGUGUAAAGGCAACAGAUACCUCCAAAUUCCUCUCUCUCCACUGAUUUUUUUGCCAUCUUGCUGCAACACUUUGAAGUGGGAGGGAGGAAGAUUGAGAGACUGGCUGAAUGCAUCGUAUCAUGGUGGAUCUGGUCUGAAAGCUCAUUCUCUCCUCUUCCAAGAUCACUCUGAUGACCUUGAGCAGCAGCCAGUGCCUUUCUUUCUGCAGCAGCUGUGCAGGGGGAGGAAGGGCUGAGCACAGAUCCCAUCUUCCAGCUUGCAGUGAUUUUCCAGCCUCAUAACUGGAGCUCUGAAAGAUCCUAUGUCCACUCAUUGUCUAGCAGCCACAGGAUUGCUCUACCCAAAUUUAUAUUUAUCAGAAAUAUAAACUUGGCAUUAAAAUAUCUCAUCAUGGAGUUAUUUACUUAUCUGCAGGUUUGUUAUAUGAUCUUGCCUUGAUGAACUGCAUUAAAAGACUGAUCCUACCACAAAGCCCUGGCCUACAUAACCCCAGUGAUGGAUGCCACCAAUACAGACAACAUCUAGAAACUAAUCUAGAACCGUCGAUAGUGCAUCUCUGUCAUGAAUGUUUACUGCAUCCUGAUUGUUUAACCUAUUACUUAGGAGCAAGCACCGUUGAGGCCAGCAGGGCUAAUUUUGCAGAAUAUGCAUGCGGGCUCCACUUAGGCCAUCUCUCCAAUGACUCAGUGGUGGCAUUUCUAGCCUGGCAGUUAUUGACGCUUAGGCUAGGAUAAACAGGGAUAGAACGGUGUUGCUGCAGUAGGUUCCAGACUGGGGUGGGUGGAUUAGCCUGUUCCCAAGCUGUGCCCCUUUGGGGUACAUUUAUUCAUUUGUCCAUACCAUCCUGUUCCUGUUGCUAUCUUUCUUCAUUUACACAAAAAAUUAGGAAUACGCAUUUCUAGUGAUCUCUUGUCCCAGUGCAUAGGGAUGCAUUCUUGAGCUGAGUCCUGCCAUCACAACAUGCGGAGGCAUCUGAAAUGCAAAGAACAGCCACAGUCCAAUCUGUGCAAGAUUUUGUGAGUGAGAGCUGACCUCAUUAGAAGCAUAAACUAUUAUCCUCAGUUGUCUGGCACACAUACCAAUUAGAGAUGUGUGAAUCAGCUAAACUUGAGUUCAGCAAAAAUAAUUUUUCUUAAAAAAAUCCCCAAAUUCCAUCUCAAAGCUCAUUCCAUAUCAAAAGGCAAGAAGUGUUUUCAUGCAUUUCCCCCCACAUGUUUGCAUCAGUUAUGGGCCUCUUUGAAAUGCUUGCAUUCUUCUUCCAUUAAUUGAAGGGCAUUUGGGUGCACGGAUCAGG